AUGCCGGGCGCGACGCCCGACACCCCCUGCCGCGUGCAUCGGCUCGUCGUGCGCGGCGCAGAGCAGACCCACGAGUCGGUCAUUCGCAACGAGCUGCGCGCACUACGCACCGCCUCUAACCUCGGCGAGAUCCACGCGGCCUGCGCCGUCGCGGCGGCCCACCUCGAGUCGCUCCAGAUCUUCGAGGCGGCGGACUUCGCGGUGGAUCGCGCGCGGGCCGACGGCUCGCAGGGCGACAUGCCGCUGGCGGACGUCGUGGUCACCGUCUCGGAGAGGCAGCGCCUUGCGACUGCCUCAACCGGAGUCCACUCCACGGCGGGCGAGGGGUCGAUGGACGCCGAGGUGCGAGUGCGCAACCUGUUUGGCCGCGCGGAGGUGCUCGGCGUCGAGAUGGAGGCCGGGCAGCACAAGAGCAACACCUUUCGGCU